GCUGGUAAGAGGAGGAAGCUUUGAUCAAAGCGGGGUUCUCUCCUCACCACCUGAACUGGCUGCACUGGUGUUUCAGUGCAGAAUUGCCCACGCAGCGUGGGGUAGAGCUGGGCUCUUCCGUCCUUCUCUCCUAUGGAGCUACAAGGAAAAGAGAUGCUGCAUGUCCCGGUUCUGGUCAUGGAGCAGCCUCCAGCAUCCCCCAGCAGGAGCCUGAUGGGCUGCGUGGCCCAUGGAGAGUGUGGGAGGUUAAUGCUGCUUUGCUCUCUGCCCUGGGGGCUGCUGGACUUGGAUGCAUCCUCUUCAUUUUAUGGUGGCUUACUGGAUAGGAUCAGCUGUGCUAGGACUGGGGGCUGGAGAGGUGCUGCUGGAUGUUUCCUUCUGGGCUCUGGCUCUAGGAUGUUGGAGAGCCGAGAGGAGGAGCUGACCACAGUGCGCGUUCAGGACCCUCGGGUGCAGAACGAAGGCUCCUGGAACUCCUAUGUGGAUUACAAAAUCUUCCUCCACACCAACAGCAAGGCUUUUACAGCCAAGACCUCAUGUGUGCGGCGCCGGUACCGGGAAUUCGUGUGGCUGAGGCGACAGCUCCAGAAGAAUGCUGGCUUGGUGCCCGUCCCAGAGCUGCCUGGGAAAUCCACCUUCUUUGUGGGGAGCACGGAUGAAUUCAUUGAGAAAAGGAGACAGGGGCUGCAGCAGUUCCUGGAAAAGGUUGUGCAGAACGUUGUCCUCCUCUCUGACAGCCGGCUGCACCUCUUCCUGCAGAGCCAGCUCUCCGUGCCUGAGAUAGAGGCAUGCGUGCAAGGCCAAGGCUCGCAGACAGUGACAGAAGCCAUCCUGCACUAUGCCAUGUCCAACUGUGGCUGGGUGCAGGAGGAGGAGAGCCGCCCUACGCUGCUGCCGGGAGGAGGUGUGCAUGGCAGCUGUGCCAGCCUGGGGGCCACACAGGGGCUGAGCUGCCUGGAGACCCUCCCUCACUGGAGCGACUUCGGCAUGGAUGACGCGCACUCGGACAGCCCGGAUGAGCCAGCAGAGCCCUUGGGUGGACAGCAGGAGAUGCACUAAAUGGUUUGAGCGACCUCGCCUGCCUUCCCCAGGACCUGCAGUCCUCUCUGGAGGAGGUGCUGCUGGCUGAGCCGGAGGGAGGCCGGGCUGGUAGGACUGGGGCUGUGCUGGGAACACGGCUUUGUCCUUGGCUCUGUGGUGUCCGGGGCUCGUGUGCUCUCUCCCUGAUGACUCUCAACUGUCCUUGAUGUCCCAGGCAGCGUGUUUGUGUAGCUCUUCUCUUCGCAGAAGAGAUCUAGUGGUUAGUGAAACCCGUGUUUGUUAUUCCCGUGGCCUUUGCUCUCCAAUUGGAGUAGUAGCAGGGCUUGGUUAGGUCGUGAUGCCAGCAAAGCCCCGUGUUCAUGGUGCAUUCCUGGCCCUGGGCAGGGUGGGCUGCGCUGGCUGUGAUGUGGGCAGCCUCAGACUGGGAGUGGGAGCUGGCUGCUGCCCAGCAGUCCCCUUUGGGUCAGUCCCUGCCCUCCCCUCUGCAUGGAGGCUGCAUUUCCCCUGCGAUAGCUGCGCUGUGCAGCUCCUGGGGGCGGCGGUCUCAGCUGCAUGGAACCCUUCACAGGCUGCAGAUACUCUGCUCACACCUGGGCCCUGCUUGGCAGCAUUUGCCCCACGAGCUGCGCACAGCUGGGACAAACAGAGAUGAAACCCCCUCAGGAAUGAGGGAACGGUUUGUCUCCCCUGCCUGUUUGCGCAGCCACCCCUUCCAGAUGGGAUCCUGCAGGAGCACAAACCUUUCCGCACGUUGAUAGCACAGCGGGGGGACGUGGGAGCAAAGGGGGAGGAGAAUGGGGGGCUCACAGCCAGGAGGGAGCUCACUUGGAGCGACGCAGCAUGCAACUGCCUUGGAGUGGGUGUCUGGCAGCGCUUGGGCCCUGGUUACUUUUGCUGCUGCUCCCCGUGCUCUCCUGCACCUUUUCCUACACCCUGAGCACUGGUAGAGGCAGAGCCGACGUGCUCUGACUUGAAAUAAAAACAAAGUAGAAGAGG